CUUUUCCUCAAUACCUUCAUCGCUGUUAUUAUCGCCUUGACGGAUUCCAUCGAGGUGAUAGUCGCUCGUUAAAGACUUCCUUUGCUCCCUUGCCUACCUCGCGCUUAGGCCCCGAAUCAGACCCUCGUUAAAUCUCUCCGCUUCUUCGCCACCCGCAUUUCUCCUAGAGUGAUCGUCAGCCUGGGCUUAUACGACGCUCGAGUUCUUCGAUCGUUGUCAUCUCGAUCUAUCCAUCGCAACAUCGAAUAGCCCAUCAUGCGGGUCACUGCUCUCCCGUUCUUUCUCUACUCGCUCUCUCUCGUGGCUGUGGUAGCGGGUCAGAGCACACAGGUCACAGAUUCCAUCUCGGAUGUCACCGACGCUCUUCCGACACCCACCCAGACCUCUGCUACAGACACCGAUUCUGACACCGAAACCACUACCUCUGAAUCUUCCAGUACGACGACGACAGAGCCAACAACAACGUCGAGUUCAACAAGCUCGUCCGAUGAUGAAACCAGCUCUGGCACUACUACAUCAUCCUCGUCUACCUCAACGUCGGAUCCCACAACCACAACGACGAGCGACACUGAUACCACGACCACUUCAUCAAGCACUGAUCCGGAUCCCACAACCACUAGCACGAGCUCUUCAGAUGAUGACAGCUCGACGACACGCACUCCGACCGUGACCACCAUCACAACAACCCAGACUAUUGAUGGAACGCCAGUUCCUACCACAUACACUAGCACAAACAGUGAAGCCAGUGAAUCUACGGAAUCCCCCGGCUUGAGCGGGUCUUCUGGCGAUUCCGACUCUGGCCUGGACUCCAACCAGAAGAAAAUAAUCAUCGGUGUCGUCGUUGGUGUUGGUGGUGCCAUCCUGAUUGGUGCUAUUGGGGUGGUUGCUUGGAGGAUACGUGCCCGGAGGCGGGCUGCUGCGGAUGACGACGCUACCGACCUUAUGAGCGGCACUGCCGUCGGCUCUGGUGUCCGUGAGAAAGCCCCAAGCCCUUCUGGGGGCACUCCCUUCAGGUCUACGCUCGACCAGUACCACAACCCUGGCCCCGUCAAUGCUGCGUCAAACUUUUAAAUGAGCGGAGAUUCUCUGCCAGGAUCAGAGAUCGUGACAUGAUAUCUCGACACUCAUACAAAUUAUCGACUUAAAAAGUCUGUACGAUUAUCACGCAGUUAACAUCUGGCGCUCGGGCGAAGGUUUGAUGGAUUUGUUCGCCAUCCGUUUCUGAUUCAUCUGCUCGUUUUUCAGCUGUUUUUCUCUCGACCAAUAGACCAUGCCAUUCCCUGAUAAGACCACGUUCCUUAUAUUUGAUUUUGCCUAGCAUUUAUCACCAUGUUUGAUUCCCCCUCAGAGCAUCCUCUGAAGAUUUCGUGAGCUAUGUAUCUCUGCCUCAGCGUUCCUUUUCUCGCACCCUGGAUUGGCUGCUUGCUACAUCCAAUCGGAGAAGCAUAUACUCGAAUUGAGACUACGUAUGUAUUUAAUCUUGACAGAAGUACUCUAGCAUAUUCUUCUUCAUGAGCCAGUU